AUGACUUUUGCUUCAGCUGACGUAAUCACUUUCAAAGACUGUGGUUCUGCUACUGGAACGGUGAACCAAGUCGACGUGACCCCGUGUCCGUCAGAACCAUGUCAACUAAAGAAGGGAGACAAUGUUACAAUGAAAGUAGAAUUCACGCCUAAGGUGAAUUCAACAAAAUACUCGUCUGUACUCCAUGGAAUUAUUGGAGGGGUUCCUGUGCCAUUUCCGCUUCAAAAUGGAAUCACUUCCGGUCCAAUAAUUACAAACAGCAAAAUCGUCUACUCAAAUUUCCUGAUGGUUCUCCCAUCUUAUCCUAAGGUCUCGCUGGUCGCCAAACUGGAAAUCCGAGACGAUAACAGUAAAGAUCUUGUGUGUUUUGUAUGGCCUGUCCAGAUUGUGGAAUUCACAGAGUUGUCGACGUCCGAGACAAAGAAAAUCAUGUCCCUCUCUCUCGCCUGUGCUCUGGUAGUCGUUGGUGUUAUUGCCACCUGUUUUUGUGAACCGAUCAACUUCAAAAAAUGCAAUGGAUCUCCAGACAUAAAAACAGUCGAUAUCACACCUUGCAAGGAACAACCCUGUAAAUUUUAUCACGGGAUGAACGUCACGGUGUCUGUAACAUUCGUCUCAGUGAGAGACUCCAUUGGGCUAACAGCUGAGAUCUAUGGAAUUCUUGCGGGAGUGCCCGUCAAAUUUAACAUGCCUAAUCCAAACGGAUGCAGAUCCAGCAAUAUCACCUGUCCAAUCAAAAACGGAGAUCAAUACACCUACAGUGGAUUGUUCAAUGUUCUGAAAACCUACCCAAAUAUACGUCUAACAGUGCAAUGGGAUUUAAAGGCAGACGACAACAGUUAUUUAUUUUGCUUCGUGUUUCCCAUGGAAAUUGAUAAGUGACCAUUCCUCAUAAAAUAGACACUGAUUGAAUCCAUGUUUUCUCAUUUUAUAAAAUUCACAAUAAAUUCACUGCUGCAUGCUUAA